AUGUCAGUAAGUACAUAAAAGAUAAACAGCUAAGUGACAGUUUCUCAGUGAACUGCUUCCUCAUUUUUGCCACAAAGCACAAAUAGAACAGAUACACCACCAAACUGUCAGUGGAAAAUUCACCAGCCCAUCAACAAGAACCCACAGAAGAUCUCCCUUUGUAGAAAAUGACUUUGAUCUACAUAAUCACUGCUUUGGGAGCAACAGCUCUGGUAAAAGGGUCAGGGGUAAUGGAAUGCAAUUUAAGUCAACCUACUGACAACCAGCAGUGUUUUGGAAAACUUGGGGAGCCACUCACUUUUCACCUGCCGCCACUCACUUUUCACCUGCCAACUAAAACUACACAAACAAGUUUUAAAAGGGGCCAUGACAUCAUUUUCAAAUAUCCUUGUGAUAAAAGUUUGGAAAUAAAUGGCAAAUGUGGUAAAUUCUCCACAAUCUAUAAAAAUGGAACUUUCCUGGUUGGGAAAACAACAAGAGAAAUCUCUGGAAACUAUCAGAUGGAAACACAUUCAGAUAAUGAUGGUAAACUGUUACAGAAAAUCAACUUCUUCUUGAAAAUUUUAGCUCCAGUGUCAGAACCAAUCGUGUCUCAGACAUGUUUGUCAGCAGAGCAAAUGACAGUCAGCUGCUCAGCUGAGGGAGAUGAAGCAGAAUUCACUUUGUCUUUGGACAGCAACGAGCUGAUAAGGACCAGAUCUGGGAAAGCAGAAGAUCCAAGUGUUACCAUCAGCUUACAUGGUCAGCUGGUUGGAAACCUGGUGUGUAAUGUUCAAAACAAUGUCAGCAAACAACAGACAGUCUUCAACCUGACAAGCUGCACAGGUGCCAGCUCUCACUGUCUUCUACCUGUGGCUGCAGUUAAGAUCACAGCUGUGAUACUUCUUCUCUUUUGUUGGACUGUUUUUCUCAUUAUCAAGCACUUCAAUAAGAAAGCAAAUUAUAAAACAGCUGUUAGACAAGGUGAUGUUGAAGAAGAAAUUGUGAACUCAGAUGUCAGAGUGACACGAGGUGCCCGUUAGCUUCAUGAUCAGGAUGCUUAUCACAAUGAUGCAAACGUUACCGUUUUCCUGGGUGGGAUUCUCAGCCAGCUGGACCCAAACUCCACAUCAGUCCUGACUAAACUUGUUUCUUCAAAGAAAAGUCAAAAGUAUAAUAUCUGCUUUUCUGAUAAAUUCAUUCAUGUAUAAACAUUUUUUGGACAUUAUGACUGAUUUAAGGAAAUAAUUUGUGAAAGAGCUUUAAUAUUCUGAAGAAACAAACUAAAUUCCUAAUAAGUUUUAUUUCAUGCACACCUACACAGAUAGAUAGAUAUAGAUAGAUGUAGAUUACAGAAUUGUUUUCAGUGUUACAGGAUGUGGUGUAAACAAAUACUAUAUCUUUUCAUUUUCUCCUAAAUGUAUGUAUUAAAAAAUGUUUAUUAAUUUUCCAGAUAUUAUUCAGGAAUUGUGUUAAUCUAUCAUAGAUGUUUAUCUUAAACUAUAUACUAGCUUAUGUUUAAUCUGUAUGUAAAAAAUUCUCAUCUAUAUAAGGCCCCCUUUGGGCCCCUCUAUGAGCUACAAAGCAAAGUUUUUUUUCCCCAAGUUAUGCUUCAUUUGUAUUGUAAUGUUAUUAAUCAUUCAGUUUGCUCAUUUUUUUCUUAGUGUUCUGAUAUACAAAUAUUGAUAUACAAAUAACAAGUAAAAGUUGAAAACUAGUUUUAAAAGCAACAAGUGCAUUUUGUUUGUUUACAGAGUUUAUUUACAUGUGACUUAUUUAUGUAAAUCUUAACUGCAGCUUAAAAAAUUGACCAUUUCACUGUAUACUGAUAUAAAGUGCUUUUGACAUAUAAAUUGCUAAAUUUACUGUUUAUGCUGCUCUUGUGUAUGUUUUAUUAACUUUUUUUUAUGAACUUUAGAAUACACUGCUAGAGUAUACUAGAGUAUUUUUACAAUACGGUAUUGUCACUGACUGGUAUUACUGGUUGUGUGAAGAUUCGAUGCUUCUGCUGUCAGAAUAGCAGUGAUAUCUGGUGAUAGUUAUAUAUUGUGUUCUCAGUCAGGUGAUCAAAUUUCCUUAAAGACUUUUAUUCAUUUCCAGCCUGUUUUCUGCUUUUUUUCUCUCCACAUAUCAAGU